UUUGGUUUCACUUUUCGAUGCAAAAGACGCGUUGUCGCGAGUGCAGUGUAAAUUCGAAAUAUUAUUAUUGUGAAAUUUUAUCAUGUAAGUGAUGAGUUGUACCGAAAAUGAAAGUAACCCUUUUGUCGUAUUCUUCUUACCAGCGGUUGUUGGCUGCCUGACAAUACUCCUGGCUAGGCGCUGGGCAAACGCUCAAGUUAGCAGUACAUCGUCUACUGCGGUCUCUCGACGCCGGAAAAUAAUAAAAGAUCCGCUUAUAAAGCGACCACUGCCCCCGAUCGCUACUAAAAUGGUGGCCCCGGGCGCGAAAAAGAGCUCUGGAGCUGCCAAGAAGGGUGCAGCGCCCCAAGUUUCCGACGAGGAUAUCAAUGGCAAACGUACCAGACCACGCUUGUCACCGUCAUCCACUGCCCCUGUGGCAGACAUUAAGCUGGCAGACAACCCAUUGCCCCCCAAACACAUACCAUUCCCGUACAUACCACAGGAUGGGGAAGUUCUGUUUGAGGUGAUGUCCUUUGUGUUCACAACUGUGGCAAUGGGUCUGCAGUUCUUGAAUUUAUACAGGACUAUGUGGUGGUUGCCACACUCUCAUACUACACAGGCUAUGAACUUCUACCUGAUAGAUCCACAUUUGGUGGCGUUCAUAGUGACACUGCUCAGUCGAAGACUGCUUUUAAGUGUUGGUGUUGCAUUGCUGGGAUGUGUCGUCCCGCCAAAGAAAAUGCCACAUGUUACAAUUGCAGCCAGAAUGUUCAUCCUAGGCGUAGUUCUGGGUGCACUCUCCUGGUGCAUAUACUUUAUAAUGGUCAAAUACCCUCUCCUCAAGAUAUUUUACUUGUGCUACCCGGCACUAAUAUACUUCAUAUUAUUUGGAUUCAACUCAAGUCCCUUCUUAGAAUUGCACAACACAGAUGCUCCGCUCAUGCACAGCUGUUCACAUGAGCCAGAGCAGAUUCGCACAGAAGUUGAAGUUUUGAGGCAGGACUUCAAUAUGAGAGUCAAGAAAAUCCUGUUCAAUUCUAUGUUGGGGGCAUAUUAUAGUAGUUUUGUGCCAUGCUGUUUUGCACAGUCAUACCUACACUACGAUGCUGCGGGGGCAGCUCAACAAGUAGGCUUGGUGUGGGGCGCGUUGUGCGGUCGAUACGCAGCGCAUCUGUUACCCGCAGCGCACACAGACGCGCCGCAUCGGGCCGCCAAGCAUUUAGGACGGUGGACGCUGGUGACAGCGUCAUCGUCAGACACGAGUGAGGUGCCCGAGUGGUCGAGCAGUAAAUGGUGGCGCAGCGGCGCGCGCGUACGCAUUGCGGACUGUGUCUAUGAAGCAAGCGCACCACUAGUAUGCGCGCAUCCUACUGACGCGCAUCACACGAGGUUUUAUUCAGUGUUCAACAAUCCAUCAAAGUUGCUCUGCCUGCUGCUGUGUCUGCAACUGGCGCUGGUGGCGACGCAGCUGUGCCUCCUAUUCAGCUCAUUCGCAUGGCACUACUUUUUAGCAGUCCUCAUACUACUAUUCAUAAACUACUAUACGCUAUUCAAAAUGGCGCGCGACUAUCUUGUCGCGUGGAAAGUGUACAAGGCAGAGAACUUGAUACAAGACAAAAAUGUCGCAAUACAAUCGACUAACUGAUGGAGACGAGUGUACAUUGAUGUAUCUCCCGCGCACAUUUUCAGACAAGGAUUUUUUUGCUGACUGUACUUUCUGUGUAAAGUUUUGUUCACACUCUGAUAUUUAAAACUAACACCUAUAUAAACAAGCAUCAACUUUGUUUCUUUUCUUAGUUGCAACUCGAUCGCGGUCUUUCAACUCAUAUAAAACUGUCAUGUUGACAGCGGCAAAAACUGCCACUUCAUACAUAACUGUGAACUUGACAGUGUAUGUUGAACUUGACAGUUUUGUAUGAAGUGACAGUCGACGGAUCGCGAUGCUAUUAUUAAUAGGUACCUAUUCUAUUUUGUGUCAGUGCUCACUGCUCAUACUACCGUUCAUAAAUUACUGCUAUUCAAAACGGUACGCAACUAUGUUGUCGCGUGGAAAGUGUGGGCAGAAAGCUUGAUAUGUACAAGACAAAAAUGUCGCAAUACAAUCGCCUAACUAAUAGACAGCAGUGUUUAUUGGCGUAUGACAAGAUUUUUUUUGCUGACUGUACUUUUUGCUGUAAAUAUUGAGUUUCAUCUACUUGAAAAGCUGUGAAUAAGACUUUAGUUGUACUCAGCCGUUUUAAAUUUGUAAACUGUACCACUGAUUUUGUAACAACCAUGUUACAGUAAAAAUGUUGAUUUUUACUUUUAAUUAACAAAUUUCUAGUCUAGGUACAAGGAGUCAGAUUCGUAAUGUGUAUAUUAAGUAAUGAUUAUUUAUUGAUAAAAUACUUAAUUCUUCCAAAAUUUGUAACAAAAUGUUAAUUUUGUAAAGCACAUUUUAAACUUGCAUUGAGAAUAUUGACAGGCUCUAAGUUUUCCAAAAACUUGUUUAGGUUUGCUAAAAUAAAGUUUAAUAGGCAUUUUGGACACAGACUUCUAUAGCCUAAUAAUGGGCUUCAUUUUAUGAGACAAGAUCGGUAGUAAGGCGAAUUAAUAAUUAAAUUAAUUUAUCUUUUUACAGGUGUUGCCAACAUAAUAUUCUCAAUGUAAAGGUUGUCCACAAAAAUUUUAAAUUUAAAAAAAAACCUAAUUUGGAUCUGUUAUUUAUAAUGUACUUAAGCUUAGCAAUGUUUUACCUUGCUUUUAAACUGGGCGUUUCAACAUGUUGAAAUGUUUAGGUCAUCAACUCAUCACUGACUUACACCAACCUGCAUAAGCACAACAAGCAUAUUGCAUUUGAAUUCAUAUUCAAUAGGUAGUGAUAGGUAAGCAACAUUGACCUGAGUCACUAACUAGAUGGGUGACCGGCUUAGCCUUUUUGUUACCUCCGUGCCUUAGCGAGUCACUAACAUCUGAUAAUAAUGUAACUGUUAAAACCUAAGAGUCGAAAUCUCUCUCUUAGUAGAGUUAUAUGUAGAACGAUCUGGGAACCCACCAUAUUAUAUCCCAAUAAAAUAUCUACUAUUAUGUGAGUAAUGGAAAGGGGUCACAACCUUCAGCAAUGAGGAAUACAACACAGAGAGACAUUGUAUGUUGUCUUUGAUUACAAUUUGUGUUGUAGUGUGGAAGCAGUUUGGUUUAUGUCAGUGAUGUGUGACAACCAUUAUUAUUUUAACAGGGCUCUCUCCGGCUUCAUACAAUUGUAGUUCCAAUCUCAUUUGAAUAUUAAGCAACCAAAGUCCAUGAAAUCUUGCAG